UGCGGAGGUGGCGAACAUGUGGUGGUAGCACUGCGGGGCCGUCAGCACCUUCUCGCCCUUCUCGGCAGAUAAACACCGCCGGGAGACGUUCUCCGCGCCGCCCGCCUGGAGAAUUCUUGCGCCCAGCGACAGCUUGCCUCUAUUUGAUUGAUUUCCGCAUCGACACCUACCAGCCUGAAUCGGAGCAGAUUAUUGCCUCUUCUUCAGUUAAAAUGGAAGUAGUAGCGCCUUGUGGUGGUUGGUGCGGAGCUACUAUCAACACGAUCAUAAGUCCAUUCUAUAAACAUGUAUUGUAUUGCUUCACCGCUGGCAAAAACGUGAGGGACCACAAGAGAGAAACUGAUGCUCUGAAACUCAAACAGGCAGGCGUCCGAGAGAAGAUUCGAGGUAACAUGCAUUUGUUGGAUGCCGUGCCAACAGAACAGGCAAGAUUAUGGCUGGAAUCAACGGAUAGAGUUGUAUCUAACGAAGCGGCAAACCACAUGCGAUACACUCAGAGGUACCGAUUUCGUGGGUGCUUCUCCCCAAAUUGCUUUGGAAACUACCAGAUCAGUAAGCGAGCAGUUGAGGAACUGGAAGAUGUGAAAUCACUUCUCGUUAGUGUACCAGGUGAUAAUAAUAUCACACGUGCGCCAGAUGCAUGUGCUGUCGAGAAUAUGCUCGUAGUACCUGCUCCAAUGCCGCGAAGCCGAGAGGUUAUUCUCGUGGAUGUUCUCCGGUUCAUUCAGAGCAAUGAUCCCAAUGAGCAGAUAGUUGGAAUAUGGGGUCCAGACAAAGAUGAUAACACAAAUCUCGUCAAGAAGAUCAACAAUUCAUUUCUUCAACAAAGUCUCUUUGAUUUUGUUAUCUUUGUUCCAAGCCCCAACGAUUGCUCGGUAACAAAUAUUCAAUCUGAAAUCAUAAGCAGGCUAGGUAUGAAGCAGGAUGGUAAUGUGGCAACUCGAGCCACCAGGAUACGUGAACAACUCGAGAACAAAAAUUUCCUACUGAUUGUGGAUGACCUCCAUCAGAAUCUGGACCUUCGAGCGAUUGGCAUUCCAUAUCCUCUUGGAUUCGUGGGAGAGAAGAAGAGGAAAAUGGUAAUCAUGUCACUAUCAGGAUAUAGAUCCGUAGGUAAUCUGAUGGGUGUGAACAAAGAUAUUGCAAUGCCUAUUUUGCAAGAGGAGGAAGCGCGCGAGCUAUUUAGACAGUCAAUAAAUUGCCAAGGGGAUCUUUAUUCUGAUCCCAACAUCGGGCCACAUGCUACUAAUCUGGUACGGGCAAUAAAUGGUCUGCCAUCGGAACUGGUACGUUAUGGGAAGGCAAUGCAUCGAAUAAUGGAUGCAAGGUCCUGGAAAGGUGCUAUAGAUGAUGCAGCAAGUAAAUUUUCUAGGUCGCGUUCGAUAGAAGACACUCUCCGUCUCAUUGAGGAUGAUCCCAUGUUGGGUGUAAUUGGAAUCUGGGGUCCAGGUGGAGUGGGAAAAACACAUCUUCUGAAAAAAAUCCAAGGCUUUUUCAGAGGAAGGAUGACGGUUAUAUGGGUGACAGCCUCCAGCCAGUGUUCAGUGUCGAAGGUCCAAACUCAAAUUUUGGAUGAGCUGAAACUGAAAGGUGAUGGUAAUGUGGGAAACCAACAUGGUAUAAUUCAUGACUUUCUGGAGAAUAAAAGCUUUAUGUUACUGUUGGAUGACCUUUGGGAAAGAAUUGAUCUGGAAGCAGUUGGCUUACCACUUCCCCUUGGAAUUGAACCUUUGAGCAAACUCAAGAGAAAAGUUGUGCUCACAACAAGAUUUACAUCCGUUUGUGGUGGGAUGGAGGUGAAAAAACAGAUUCAAGUUCCAUAUCUGCAGGAUAUUGAGGCAUGGGAGCUAUUCAGAGAGAAGGUCGGAGACCAAACUAUUUUUUCUCCUUGUAUUGAAGAUCGCGCAAGAAUACUUGUGACUGAAAUGAAGGGCUUGCCUUUAGCUUUGGUAACUGUGGGAAGGGCAAUGUAUGGAAAAUUUCGUCCGGAUCAAUGGGAUUCUGCCAUCCAACAUAUGAAAAAGUCAUGCUGCAUUGACACAAAUGAAGACCCACUGAAAAUGGAGGAAGAAGUUUUCAGAAAGAUCAUGUUUAGCUAUGAUAACUUGAAAAGUGAGAGGCUGAAGAAAUGUUUCUUGACUUGUGCACUGUGGCCAGAGGAUCAUGAGAUUCGCAGGGAAGAGCUUGCUCAAUGCUGGAUUGGCAUAGGUCUAGUGGAUGUGGGGGACAUACAAAGUCCCUACACAAAAGCUUAUAGUCUAAUGGGUGACCUUACAGGUGCAUGUUUGUUAGAGGGCUGUGGAGAAUCGAAUAAUCGUGUCAAACUACAUGAUGUGAUUCGUGAUAUGUCUUUAUGGAUCUCUUGUGGCUGUGGUAAGAACAAUGACAACUUUUUUGUACGUGCAGAGGUUGGCCCAGAUAAAAAAAUUAGCAUCCCUUGGAGUAGUGCAGAAUACAUCUCAUUAAUGUUCAACGGGAUGACAAAACUUCCUUCUGUUGGUGAUGUUGGUAAUCCGCUGAAACUGAGGGUCUUGUGCCUUCAAGAAAAUGCGUUGGAUGAAACAAUAAUAGGUGGAGUACUUGUGAAUUGCGCUAAACUCACAUAUCUGGACUUGAGCCAUAAUAGACUCAAAGGGAUACCUGAAAGCUUAUGUCACCUGACAGAAUUGAUACAUCUCGAUUUGUCACAUAACUGGGGUAUAGAGGAAGUGCCCCACAGCUUUGGAAACCUCAUUAAGCUCAAGUUCCUGUACCUGAAGGGCAGUCAAAUAAAAAUAAUACCAAAGGAGGUCAUAUCUAGACUUGAAGCAUUGGUAAUAGUACACGUGGAUCUUAUGUGGGUGUCUAAUUCUAUCAGAUCUAAUGUAUUUAGAGAGUUGGGCACACUGAAUCACUUGAAAGUUGUUGAUACAUCAGUAGAACUUUCGGAUGCAUGGACAUCACUUCAUGAUGCGGCUGACCUACCCAUCCGGUCCUUAAGUCUGGUACCAUCUGCCCAAAAAAAGGAAUUCAUCCACCUCUAUGAUAUUUUAUCAUUGGACUUUUUUUAUAGCGUUUAUUGAUUGGUCGUUUUUCUUUGUAUAAUCGAUAACUGAGCCACAC